UGUUGACAGUAAAAGAAGAGGCUGCCAUAUUGCAGUGAGACAGCGACUUUACAGGAUUGAAUUUGAUUCUUGACCACUGUUUCCUUACAAUAAACAUGCUGUCCUCUCAUACGUUUGGAGAUCCGGGCAAAAUGAAAGAGUAUCAUUAUACUGGCCCAGUAGAGCACCGGUUCUCACCGUACGCUUUCAACGGAGGAACCGUACUAGCUGUUGCUGGAGAAGACUUCGCCAUCGUAGCCUCAGACACCAGGCUGAGUGAAGGCUACUCAAUCCACAGUCGUGACUCGCCAAAAUGCUACAAGCUGACAGACACAACCGUCAUUGGCUGCAGUGGUUUCCAUGGAGACUGCUUAACUCUGACUAAAAUCAUUGAUGCCAGACUAAAGAUGUACAAACAUUCAAACAAUAAGACAAUGACCUGUGGCGCCAUCGCAGCCAUGUUGUCCACCAUCCUGUACGGCAGGAGGUUCUUUCCCUACUAUGUCUACAACAUCAUUGGAGGUCUGGAUGAAGAGGGCAAGGGAGCAGUGUACAGUUUUGACCCAGUGGGCUCCUACCAGAGAGACACCUACAAGGCCGGAGGAUCAGCAAGUGCCAUGCUACAGCCACUGCUGGACAACCAGAUUGGUUUCAAGAACAUGGAGGGUGUGCAGCACGUUCCCCUGACUCAGGACAAGGCAGUUCAGCUGGUCAAAGAUGUCUUCAUCUCAGCUGCUGAGAGAGAUGUUUACACCGGAGAUGCCCUUCGGAUCUGCAUCAUCAACAAGGAGGGCAUCAGUGAGCAGACUAUACCAUUGAGGAAAGACUGAGGAGGGAAAUGUUCUGCUUUUCUCUUUGAUCUGUUCUUUCCACAUUCACCUGUUGGUUUUGGCCCCUUUACAGUAAGUUUCUUAAAACAGGAGUGUUGAUCCAGAAGUUGUUUCUAGGGGCCUUACAGGUCAGGUUCAAUCUUGGGAGCAGAUUUUCCAUUUGAUGUCGACACUUUUCUCCUGCUUACCAUGGUUAUCUCCUGCAGUUUGUGCUACUACUACAUCCUUAUAUUUGUGGUCUAGUAACCUGAUUCUAGAUCAGCACUCCUGUUGUUGAGAAGCAAGGAACUCUCUUCAUUCAGCCUGUCUCCACUCUUCCCCUGUUUGGAUUUUUCAUUAUGUCUCGGAAGGAUACAUACUCUGCUAUUAUUUUUACAUUCUUAAUAAAUGUAAAGAAUUGAAA